AUGGCGUCCUCUACUGCUGUGCCUGUAGGAUUUCACUAUGAAACAAAGUAUGUAGUGCUCAGCUAUCUGGGACUUUUAUCACAAGAGAAGCCACAGGAGCAUCCUCCUCCUUCAGCUCAAGGGACUCCCCAACAGCCUGUGGCACAACAUGCUUUGGAAAAAGAGGCUUUGGAGAACAUUAAAACAGAAAUCGAGAAGGAGCUAAAACAUCUCGACGAAGAAAUCUUGGAAGCAUUUACUGCUACAGGAUUUGACUGCCACACUUCCCCAGUGUUCAGUCCUGCCAAUCCAGAGAGCUCAAUAGAAGACUGCCUGGCUCAUCUGGGGGAGAAAGUAUCCCAGGAAUUGAAAGAACAUCUACACAAAGCACUGCAGAGCUUGCUUAGCAAGCCCGUGACAUAUCAAGAAUAUCGAGGGCGCACACAAGAAGCAGCUGCUCACGCCAGUGGAUGGAACAAGGUCUUGGUACCCCUGGUUCUGCUACAGCAAUUUCUGAUGGAGUUAACCAGACGGGGCCAGGAACCGCUGAGCGCCCUUGUGAACUUUGGGGUGACAUAUCUAGAAGACUACUCUGCAGACUAUAUCAUCCAACAAGGAGGAUGGGGGACAGUCUUUACUUUGGACUCUGAAGAGGAAGAGUACCCUGGGCUCAUUGCAGAGGACAGUAAUGACAUCUACAUCCUGACCAGUGACAACUCAGGACAGGUGAGCCCCCCGGAGUCCCCCACAGUGACCACAUCGUGGCAGUCAGAGAGCCUGCCUGUCUCCCUGUCAGCAAGUCAGAGUUGGCACACAGAGAGCCUGCCAGUCUCCCUGGGACCCGAGUCCUGGCAGCAAGUGGCCAUGGAUCCUGAAGAGGUCAAAAGCCUGGACAGCAAUGGAGGGGCUGAAGAAAGGAGUGAGAACAACUCUUCCAACUCCGAUAUUGUUCAUGUGGAGAAGGAAGAGAUACCAGAGGGGAUUGAGGAAGCAGUGGUGUCUGCUGUCGCUGCAGAGACCAUACAGGCAGCGUUUCCAGAAACCCUGACUUCUCUGCAGGAAGGAAAAGCUCCAGCUGAAACUGCUGCUGCUGGAAAAGCACAGCCCUCAGUUCCGCCACCUGCCAAACAGCAGGAGAAGGGGAAGGUGGCUGAAGAGCUCCUUCGACCCGAAAUCCCCACGCUGAGUAAACCUGCCCCAAAGCUGGCCACGGCAGAGGGAAAGGCUGCAGCAGAGCUGGAGAAAAUACUGCUGCUAGGGGAAAAAAAGGUGGGGAGAGAGGGCCGCCUGGAGGAAACGGAAGAGAAGUCCCCCACAGCGGAGGAGAAGCCGCUGCUGCUGGCGGAGGGGAAGUCGAUCCUGCUGUACGGCGGAGCCGCCGCCGUGGCCAUCCUGGCCGUAGCCGUGGGAGUAGCGCUGGCGCUCAGGAGAAAGUAACCGAGCUCUGGGGAGGAGCAGGGGUGAGAGGGGAGAGAGCACAACCCGACUUUUGUAGCUGUGUUACCCAAAGGUUGAGCUGCCUGCUGUUGAAUUGGACGUUUGAGUAACUUCCUGGUGAUGGGGUGAGGUUGUUCACUAAGCCUCCAGC